GGACUUGUUAAAAGAAGAGAAGGCUGGACUUUGUUUGGCCACGCCGCCGAGACUCGAAAUCGAAAUAGAGAGAGAAAGAUGGGUAUAGUAAAGAAAGCAGGAGAUUGGUCGUUCAAGGCCUUCACGGCGGGGCUAGGGCUCGCCACCAUCUACCUCACCACCACUUUCUCCUUUAAUGUCUACCGUGGCCUCUCUUGGCACAACGCUCAAUCUAAAUUGGAGAUGGAGCAAUCUGAAGAACAACCGGAAUGAUCUGAAUUAAGUUGCUGAUCUAUCUCUCAUGCAGCUGAUGCUUCCUUCCAUGAAUCUCUGCGAAUGUUGUUUUCUUGCAUACACUUAAGCAUAUCAGUUUUCGUUGCAUACACUUCAGUGUAUCAAUUGUUUCGGUUCUAGGAGCAAUUAAAUAAAUGAAUUUUUGUGUGUGAUAAAUUCAUUGAACUUGUGAUGCGAUUAUGAAUGUUCCAUAAUAUAUAUAACAACUUUUUC